AGUGAGAGUUCACAGGCCCUGUACAUGUCUGCGCAUGGCUCGCACAUAGAGAACGUGACUAGGUGGAUAAAUAUUGGCAGGACUUUGUAAAGGGGGGGCAAAAAAGGAAAAGGAAGACAGACGUAGAGAAGCCCAGCCUUCCCAAAGCAUUAGCUUAUUUAAACUUGCUGCUGUUUGAAUCAAAAACCUAACAGGGGGAGGACGCCGAGAUCAUAGAAGGAUUGCAUUUAUAAUCCGUGCCUAAGGACUUUCUCUAACUUGUGUUUCAUCAUGGAGGAGAACUACAGCAGCUUACAGGAGUUCACAGAGGAUCCCACAUCAGCCAGGGGAAACAAACCUAUACUCUACUCAUCACACAAUGGACAAGCUGGUAUUGUUAAAAGAUUGGAGUGUGUGAGGAGACAGAUGGUGAUUUUCCUGAUCGCCACACUGUUCAUUUCAGUUUGUGUUAACAUAGGACUGGCUGUCUUCUUGUUUCAAAGGAAAUCCAGCAGUCCCCCCAGUGUAACAACUACAGGAAGUCCGGUCUCUGAGGGAGCUCUUGAGUCUCUGAAACUCUCGUCCCUGCAGGAGCGAUUCUCCCGCCUCUGCUCUGACUACACAACUCUCGGAAAGACCUGUUCGGCAACGGUGAAGCAGUGCAUGCCGUGUCCCGAUGGCUGGAAACUAAUAGAGCAGAAGUGCUACUUCUUUAGUAAUGACAAACUAGACUGGACCAGGAGCAAGCAGAGCUGUGCAUCUAUGGACAGCCAGCUAACAAUACUUCACACCCAUGAGCAACAUGAUGCUAUGGAGAAAAUAGCCCGCAGUUUGGGCGGGUACGAAUCCUAUUACUGGAUCGGCCUGUCGGACAUUGAGGAAGAAGGCGUGUGGAAAUGGGUGGACAACACGCCGGUCAAUAUCACGUACUGGAACCAAUGGGACGGAGAGCCCAAUAAUCACCAGUCUGGGGGGCUUCACGGUGAGGACUGUGCCGUGCUGAAUUCUCGAUCCAAAUCCUGGUUUGAUGUACCCUGUGACCACAUCUACAGACGCAUUUGUGAGAUGGAUGCCGUGACUGUAAACUGAUUCACUGUGCCGUUGAAGAUAGAAAAUGAAAUAGUUCUCUGAAAAACACUGAAUUUUUUUUUUUUUUUUUUUUAGAAAAUGGGGGAAAAAAAACAAUGUUGUGCUGUGUGUUCAUUUCUGAAUCUGCUCUUUUGUACCUUUGUGCUUUGCUUCUAAAAAAUAAAGAGAUUUGAUAAAAA